AUGGCUGCAACAGCUAUGUCUGGUAAUUAUGUCGGCCUCUCGUCUGUUCUCCAGAAACUCGAAAUACCACCAGACUUCACGCGUUACGAGGAGAUCACAGAGGCAUCUACUAUAUUGGCCCUUGAUCUUUGGAAACAGAGCGUUGUCGGAACCUUGGACGAACUUCUGGCAAUGCUCCGUUCCACAGGCGAAUCGAAACUUACUAUUAAGGAUCAAGGUGAUAUAGUGCUCUUAUGCGUGCCUUUUGAGAACAUUUGUCCUUGGAAUGAUGCUACACGAAGUGGACAAAGGGACAGCUGGGUUGCUAUAGAAUGCACGCCCAUUGCAAAGAGUAUCCUCGCUUUACUCCCUUUUUCUUGUUCACCACAGGCACUUGUCAGCCAAGUUCUGACGCAGAACCUCCGACCGAUCUUCAGGGCAAACCCUCAUCCCCAUCUUCACACCGCAACAGGCCGUAAAGUGGGAAAGCCUGCUGGAGGGCAUCUAGCUUUGCAAGAUUAUUACGAGGAUCAGCGUUGGAAAAAGUAUCCCGGUAUCGGCAGUGUGGUGUUCUGGUGUGUUCAGAACCUUGAGUCAGAAGCGUACGAAAACAUCUGGCACCUAAUUAUCCCUCCAAUCAUGGCUCUUUUGGAUGACUACGAAGCCAGAUAUAAGCUCCAGGGCGUUGAGAUUGUUCAAGAGCUUCUACACCAUGUUCCGAAAGGGUUGCUCAGUCGAACAGGAAUUGACGGUCUUCUACGUCAAUCAUUGAAAAAUUCUUUAUCCCAUCUCCAAAGUCCCGAGACCCCACAACUCAUACGGAGCGCAAUCAGCGCGUCUGUCAACCUCACUUUGCUUACAACGACCGUCCCACCAGCCGGCAAACCCUCUUCUGACCGUUUCGACCAACUAUCCUCCCUCUUGGGCGAGGGUAUCAUCUCGGGUAUCUGGCUCUAUGCAGAAGAUAAGCCUGCCGUUGUAACCGCCACUUUCGACGCGCUCCCACCCCUGCUCGAAGCUCUUGAAAUAGGAUCCGCCCGUUUUCUCCAAGCUCUCGUACCACAAUUAACACACGCUCUCAUCCCUCGGCCUUUGGUCGACCGUGAUGUUCAAAUGCAGCUAUCAGCUAUCCGUGUUCUGGAAACUCUGAUGGACGUGUGCAAGCCCAGGAUGAAGUCAUGGUCAGAGACUAUGCUUGAUGGGAUAGCACGGUGUUGGGUGGGCUUGUAUGACGAAGAACAAAGAGAUGUUACGGUCAAUUCCGAGAAGCGACCAAAUUAUCUUCAAGGACGAGAUGAAGUGAAGAAGAGGCUACCGAAACUUUGCUCCAAACUCGUGGACGUGUGCCCGGAUGUCAGGCAGAAUUAUUUUCCUCGAUUCAUGGAGGCAGACAGGACUCUGUUUGAAGGGUUAUUCAUCGACAUCAAUUCAUAA